AUGAACACCACAAUUGCACCCAUCGGCCCUUCGUUUGUAGAUAUGCGGGGCGUGGUGGUGAAUCCGGGGAAGAGGCAGAUGUGGGUGAGCUUUAUGUCGGCCUUUGGCAAGGACAUGAGUGCUUCUGCCGUGGUGGCGAGGCUUCGCUUGUCCUUGAGGCUCAAGCGCAAGUGGCGGCCGUUUCAAGUGUUUCUGGAGCGGUUCAAAGUGGUGGGGGUGGGCGGAGGGAACAGUCUCAUUCAACCCACGAUCGCUCUCAACAGCCAAGGCAAGGGCAUCAUAGCAGCGUCACUAGCAGGGCGUUCCUUCUACCCCUCAGCUGCCUAUGCCACUCUCAACGCCAAUGUGGAUGUCGGCCGCGUGGUCGUUACCGGCCCGGGGAAAGCGCCUCUCGACGACUUCACUGGGUACCGCGGUGCAACGGAGAUGCGGUAUGGGGACUACAUGACUGCGAUGGUGGACGAGGAGGGGAGGGCACUUUUGAUGCGACUCACGAGUCUUUCCCACCCCUUUCUCCCCUCAAGGGUACCGUGCGGGGGAAAUGGGGAUAACGGGGGGAGUGGUGAUAGCGGGGGGAAUGGGGACAAUGGAGGAAAUGGGGAUCACGAGGGGAAGUAG